GCUUGACAGAGAAGUGUUGUGCUUGUUUUGAAGAUUUCCGCUCAAAGAAACACAACUUUCACACGAUCAUUUUGCUUUUUAUUUCUACGUGCACAACGAUGGAAAUGUCAGAAACUAUCGCCGGUGGCAAACGGAAGUGCAUAGUGUCUUCAUGUGGAAAGGAUUUACGGCCGGAACCGGCUUCCCACUCCAACCAUAGCUUCCCAAAAGACGACCGCCUCCGAUCGGAGUGGGUCAAAGCCUUGACAUCCACCGACAGUAGCUUCUUGGAUCGAGCCAUCGAUUUCAACUCGGCUCGAAUAUGUUCCGCUCAUUUCACCGCGGAUUCAUUUCAGAAAACUGGUGAUCGAAAGGUUCUCCAGGCCACAUCGGUACCAACGCUGUUCGGAGCAUCGGCCGUUAAAGAUGGAAAACAGGAUGCUUCUCAAAACCAGCAAAGCCCUAACCCUGGCAAGCAAAAGAUCUGCUCGAAAACGGCUCAACAGCAGAUGAAAAAGCUGAUAGAGGAAGUGCUGAGUUGUAGUGAGAAGUUUGACCAGCCAAACCCGGUAAAAACUCCCGGUACCGUGUUCCGGUUGAAGCGGUUCCCUCACGUUUGUCGGCUGUGCUUGAGGCCGAAAAAGAAUCGAUUCGAGGUGAUGAUUCCACUAGAUGCGACGGAUUACGUGUUCGAUGGGGACACCAUUGGCGAGUUUAUCUUCGAUAUCCUGCCUCCGGGGGCGACUUUGGAUCAGGACAAGCAACACCUCUUGCCAAAUGCGGUUUGUCAGCCAUGCUUGGAGCUGUUGAAGUUCUUUGCCAAGUUUCGCUCGAAGCUUGCAAUGGUCCACCUGCUCAUGAACUCGCUGGUCGAACUGAAGCAUUUCAAUUCCCGUCCGAUUGUGGAUCUCUUCAGCAAUAAGGCCGACUCGGUACGAACGGUGAUUAAGGAUCUAGGGUUGUGUAGGUUGAAAUGCUAUUCCGUGGACGAUUUGAUAGAUGAGUUCCCGAUGUAUGAUCUGGCAAGUUUUGAGGGGUUUGUGAUCAAAGAUGAGGAGGAGGAAGAAGAGGCCCUGGAUCAGACGCGGAAAGGGGAACCCGAAGUGGAGUUAAAGGAAUUACCGACGGAGGUGGGUGAAAUCUAUGCCGAGGAAUGCUCUCCCGAAGAGAUUAUCGAGUUGACCAAGGAUCAUUCGGAGAUGAUGGUGCAGGAAGUGGAAGAUGGUACAUCAGCUGUGAAGAAGAAAAGUCACGUCAACAGAAACGCAGACGAAUACCGACGGAAAAGGCUAAUGAGAAGUAAGGGAGAUAGAACGAAAGGCGAGCUUCUGCAGUGCCAUAAGUGCAGCUAUUCAACGCAUAUCCUCUAUAGCUAUCGAUCGCAUCAAUUAACGCACGAGAUGAGGGAAAACCGAAGGUAUCACUGCAAACAUCCAGACUGUUCGGCGGUGUUCAAAACAUCGGCGGAAUCCUAUCGGCACAGCUCGACAGUGCACAAAUCGUUUGUCUGCGAAACCUGCGGCCAGAAAUGUUCUACGAGGUAUGCCUUGGCUACUCACAUGGAAAGGCAUUCGAAGACAUACGAACACGCUUGCCCGUAUUGCGAGCAGAGACGAUCCACCAAGAGUGACCUGAGGCAACACGUGCGGAAGGUACAUUUCAAUCUGAAGAACUAUUCAUGUGAAGCUUGCGGAAUGGUUUUCCAUACCAAAAAAACCAGGGAUGAGCAUGAGCGGACUCACAGCGAUACCUAUGGCUUCCCGUGUGCCCAGUGUGACAAAAAGUUCAAACGGGAGCUCGCUCUCAAGAACCACGUCAAGAUCAUACACGAAAACUAUCGCGUUUCGUGCAGUCACUGCAAUGGGGAGUUUUCGUCCACGUACAAGCUGAACAAUCACAUCGAGUGCGUCCACGGGAUCCAAACGCGGUUCGUGUGCGACAUUUGCGUCUUCACGCUGCUCAGUCAGGAGAAACUGGACCUUCACCGGGCCCAGCACGACAAUCCGCACGAGCUGCAGUGCGGCACGUGUCUGGUGGUGUUCCCAACUCUGGAGGAGUUUGCCGGACAUCUGUGCAUUACUUACAGGGACGAUUACGUUUGCUGUGGUAGAGACUUCCGGUAUCACUACAUGUACAACAAACACAUGAUGAUGAAGCACGGACUGAAAACGAACGUUCGGGUGAAACCCGUUCCUGGACAACUGAUGGGUCAAAUGAGGGCGCUAAGGAAACGCAUCGAAACGUGUCCCAAAUGCGAACAGGUUUUUGCUACUAGGACUCUCAAGAAGCAACAUGUGGACAAUUGCACUGGAGUUGGUGACACGGCGGAGCAUCAUGAGGCGAUAGACGCAUUGAUGGCAGUUGCGAGUACUGGACAAGGUUAUAAUAGUGGAUAAAAUGAGGUGCAGUGUUAUGAAA